UGAUAGUUCACAUAUUUGUUGUUUCAUUAUAGUUUGUUCUUGUUGUUGAAAAAUCUAAAAAAUGAUGUUUGUAAACAGUUUUACCAGUGUCAAGUGUCUAAUGAAAUUGCAGAGGAAAACUAAGAUGUCUUUUAUUUUUAAAAGAUUUUCAUCUGGAAUCCCAGUUUCACAAGAUGUUGAGACAGUAGAAGCUUUACCUCACCUUACAGAUGGGUUCGGUCGACAGCAUACCUACCUGCGGAUAUCACUUACAGAGCGAUGCAACCUUAGAUGCCAGUACUGUAUGCCUGAGGAAGGGGUCAACUUGACACCUCGCAAUCACCUGUUGACGACAGAGGAAAUUUUGCGUCUCGCAGCAUUGUUCGUACGUCAAGGAGUCACUAAAAUACGUCUCACAGGAGGCGAGCCUACCGUACAUAAAGAAAUCAUCCAUAUCGUAGACAGCCUUCGCAAGUUGGACGGGCUGGAGACGCUGGCUAUGACCACCAACGGGAUGGUACUGACUCGUCAACUGGUGGCUCUGCAUCGUGCAGGACUGGACCUGCUCAACAUCAGUCUGGACACGUUACAACCUGAGCGCUUCUCACAGGUGACCAGACGCGCAGGUUGGCACAGAGUGAUCGCUGGAAUAGACCUGGCCGUGCAGCUGGGGUACACACCUAAAGUGAACGUGGUCGUGAUGCGAGGUCUGAAUGAUGACGAAGUGGUCGACUUUGUCAGCUUCACUCGAGACAGACCUGUAGACGUGAGAUUCAUAGAGUACAUGCCGUUCUCCGGCAACCGUUGGGACGACCAGAAGAUGGUGCCUUUCCGAGAGAUGUUGGAAACAAUCAGAAAACACUUUCCCGACCUGCAUCCACUCACCAACCAGCCCAAUGACACUUCUAAGGCAUACAAAGUGCCGGGCCACAAGGGCCAGGUUGGAUUCAUCACGUCCAUGAGUGAGCACUUCUGUGGCUCCUGCAACCGUCUGCGGCUCAUGGCGGACGGAAGCUUGAAAGUGUGUUUAUUCGGCAACACUGAAAUAUCUCUCAGGGACGCGAUGAGAAGUAACUGUAGUGAGGAGGAUCUUCUGUGUAUGAUUGGUGCAGCUGUCAAACGGAAGAAAUUCAAACAUGCUGAUAACACAAGGAUAUUUUUGCCCAGAACAAUAAAAUUCAGAAUAAACGAUCAAAUCUCAACUCCCUCAGUCUGGAAGCAACAAUGGAACAACCACCAGUUCACCCCAAUCACCAUUUACAAACCUAAUCAAACGCACACUAGGAUGUACAGCAAACUAACCCAUGUGGACGGAGACGGGAAAGCUUCGAUGGUGGACGUCGGUGCAAAGCCGUUGUCGAAACGUACAGCCGUGGCUGAGGCUACAGUCCACGUCGGGGAGGAGGUAGCGGAGCUGAUAGCAGCCAACAACAUGAAGAAAGGCGACGUGCUUACAGUGGCGCAGUUGGCAGGCGUGAUGGGCGCCAAGCGGACGUGGGAGUUGGUACCACUGUGUCACCAGGUGGCGCUGUCACAUGUAGACGUGAAUGUGAGAUUGGUUGGCAGCACUGUGCGAGUGACAGCGUCGGCUGCGUGUGUGGGACAGACAGGGGUGGAGAUGGAAGCAUUAACCGCUGUCACGGUGGCAGCCCUGACUGUCUAUGACAUGUGUAAGGCUGUGUCUCGUCAGAUGGUCAUCUCUGAUGUGCGUCUUGUGUCCAAGACUGGCGGCACUAGAGGUGACUAUGUCAGAGAGGUUAGUUGAAUCAACCAACUCCAAUGUAAAGUGUCCAUGUUAAGCUCCUUUUUUUGGUAUUUUCCAUGUAGAAUCUAACCAACAUAAUAUGCUUGCUAAUGAGAAAGGAAAGGUUAUUUUUUAAAGGAAAAAUGACUUGGGUAAAUAAAUUUUCUAUAGAAAAAUGAAACUAGGCCUACACCUGAAAUAGUCUCAGGCAUUUGAUGAAACAAAGUUUACAUAGUACUUUUAGGGCAACUUCAGACGUACAUUUUUUUAACAUUCCCUUCAAAAACAAUUUCAUUAUUCAAUUGCUUCACUAAGACAGCAACACACUUUCUGUACAUAUUUUAAGCUGAAUAUGAACCCCCAAUAUAUGAAUAGUUAGUGUACAAUAUGGUUGGUUUAAGGCUUUUUCUUUUGCCAGAACCAUUAUUUUAUUAAUUCCCAAAGAUCGGCCAACAGUAGAUCCAGUUUUGAACAAAUAUUAAGAAAGGCAUUGAUAAUCACAGAUAAUCACAAUUGAGUUACAAAAAUACAAUAGACCUCUACCCAGUUUGUAAGAUUCUAAUUGAGUUUUUUUUUUUUUACAUUGUACAACGUCUAUGUUUUGCUUACUUCAGGUUUGUCAUAAUUACUCAUAGCCCACUGCGAUCCAAAAGACCUUUUAAUGUUGUCUUAAUCGGUCAGUUGACCAGCUGUACUGGGUGUGGCCUUUUGGAUGGCAGCUCGGAUAAAUUUCACAUCAGUUGUCCCUGCCAACCGAAUGGCCAGUGGUCCUGCCACUUCCCCCAUUAAAAGACCAGUAACACUGACCAAAGAACAUGAUUUUUACAGAAACCAAAUUUUUAUUUGUUUUUAUGUCUGCGGAAUGGUGAAAUCCUAAGAGCAACUUUGAAACUAAAAUUCCAAGCUGAUACAAAGAGAAAGACAGCCACAGAACACUUGCUAGUGUCAGGGACAGCUGAUGAUACCAUAAAAUAAUUCCACAUCGUUUACACUUCAGGCACAAUUUUCAUUGACCAUUUCUUAAUCUUAAAUGUUUUGUUUUGCUACUCAUGAAUCCAGAGAUUGGCGUUAGGUUAAACAUUAUUUUUCUGAAGGAUUGUUGUUGUUUAUCUGUCCAUAAACUGUCUUAACACGUUCGCUCUGACCGGGCCACUAAUGAAAUUUCAGUCAAUAGCAAAUUUGUAAACAAAUUACCAUAUUUAAAAAAGUUUUUUUGUUAAAAUAAAUAUAGGUAAAUGUCAAAGUUUUCCAAAACUUAAUAAAUUGGUAAAAAAAAUAUCGGAGCGAACCUGUUAAUUUCUAAGAAAAGAGCUUUAUAUAUAUAUAUAUUUUUCUAGACAAGGAUUAAAAAAUUAACUAUUGUUUGGCAUCAAUAUGUAUUUAUUUACACAACAGGGAAAUACAAGGCUGUGAUAUAUUCAACCAUUAAUGUGUUAAACAUUUUAUAUAAUUGAUUGUUAUGUAUAAUUUUGUAGCUGUUUAUAACUUCUAGUAUUUAAGAAAACCUACUUAUAUGAUAUGUAGUGGACCUUAUCCGUUAAUUCACUACCACUAUGUAAUUUGUAUGUAAUAGUACACAAUUAAAGGCUAGGUGGUAGGUGUCGGGGCAAGGUACAUCAGCAUGCGGGGAUAGAUGUCGGGGCAUAAAAGGGGAUGGAGAUUGGCGUCAGUUGGGUUCCUCAACCCAGGCUCUGUCUGCUGACAGAGAAUGGAAGGAGACAAUUUUAGAGUACCCUGAGAUUAAUGUAGGCCUACUCAUUAAUCAAUUACGUUAGGCAUAGUGUAGUUUUAGCGAAUUUCCCCUAUAGGGAAUAAGCUAUUACCGUAGUACUCAUAGUGAGACCUGGACCCGGGACCGAUUUACUUUUUUGUUUUGAGGUCCCUAGAGGCCAAAAACACCAUUAGUUCAAAUUCAUAUACAUAUAUAUUUUAUAUAAAUAUAUAUUUUUUUUUAUUUGAAAAAUCACAAAAGUCUUACAACAUUUCAUAAACAAAGCUUGCUGCAAAAGCCAGGAAAAAUUGACUUGUCUGCCGUUUGUGCCUCUCAUUGCUGGCUCACUGUUGGCCACACGGUCUAGCUUUUAGCUUCCCCCACUCCUGUAGGUAGAAGCUGACGCAGCCCAUACACUCACGACUAUAAAACGCAAAUUUUUAAUUGCUGCACUAUUAAAAUGUACAGGGUAGAAAAAAAGUUGCGGGACGGUUAAGUAUUUCAAGUAAUAAAGAUAGAGCUUUAAAACUUGGUACACAGUUACUGGGCAUUAACAUAAUUUUAACACAUUAUUCCGUGAUACACUACCUCUUCAGGGGGACGGCGCGCUAGGAGUCAGAAGAAAAUUUUAAAUAUAAGCACAUAAAAUUAAAGGUCUUAACUAUUCUAAUACAAUGUCGCAAACUUGAACUCAAACGGACAAACCGAGUCAAAAAUGGCAGCCGUUCAAAGAUUUCAAGAAUCUGCUAGAUUGAAUCUUUGAACGGCUGCCAUUUUAUGCUCUUUUGAGCUCAAAUUUGUGGCAUUAUAUUUUACUCUUAAAGACCUUUAAUUAUAUGUGCAUA